CACGAAGGCUACGCAGUUGGUGUCCCAGGUGUCCACUUUGAUCUUCGCAGGUCAGCAGGACAGAACUCGUUGCCUUCGGCUCCUCUUCGAGGUUCCGCGCGGUGUUUUCGCUUGCGCUCCUCCUGGAAAGAUGGGUCUUACGAUCAGUAGCCUCCUCACCCGGCUGUUCGGCAAGAAACAGAUGCGAAUACUGAUGGUGGGUUUGGACGCCGCUGGCAAGACUACCAUACUCUACAAGCUGAAGCUCGGUGAGAUCGUCACCACCAUACCCACGAUCGGCUUCAAUGUCGAAACGGUCGAGUACAGGAAUAUCUGUUUCACCGUGUGGGACGUUGGCGGCCAAGACAAGAUUCGGCCGCUCUGGAGGCACUACUUCCAGAACACCCAGGGCCUCAUUUACGUAGUGGACAGCAACGACCGUGAGCGUAUCAGUGAGGCGGAACGCGAGUUGGCGAAUAUGCUGAAGGAGGACGAGUUACGGGACGCAGUGUUGCUGGUGUUUGCCAACAAGCAAGAUCUACCCAAUGCUAUGUCCGCCGCCGAGCUAACCGACAAACUGGGCCUGAAUUCGUUGCGAGGACGUCACUGGUAUAUCCAGAGCACUUGUGCCACGCAAGGACAUGGACUGUACGAGGGUCUAGACUGGUUGAGUAACGAGCUGGCCAAAAAGUGAUAGCGCUUCAUUGCAUCUGAUACUCUUAAGGACAGUUCAUUCAUUAAAUAUAAACACGAUAGACGGGUGGAAAGUCACUCGACAAUUUCCAACUUUGUCAAAUUGUAUCGAUGUACGUCUAUCAUGUACAGUUUAACAGUCGCUGCGUUCACAAUUGCUUACAGAAAUUUAUACAAAAUAUGAAUUAAGGUUAUUAGGAGUGAUCUUUGUCACUGUACAUGCAAUCGCAUUUGCAUGAACUGUGCUUCAGAAACUUGUUUCAUAGGAAGUACAGGAGCAUCGGAAUGUAAUAGAUGGUCUUUGCAUCAUUUAUAAGAAUAUAUAUACAUAUAAAGGUUGUACAUAAUA